GGAUUGGGAUUUUCCCCUCCCAUGUGCUCAGACUGGCGCUAAAAGUUUUGAGCUCCUCAAAAGUCCAGAACCACCGUCCAGGGCGCUGGUAGCCGCUGGGCUCCGGGGGCACCUGGCGUCCAGGCUCGGAGCGUGCUUCCCAGGACGGUGACACGCUCCCCUGAGGAUUGGUAGCCAGACCGCCUUCCUGAUCGCUGCCAUGGAGGAGCCACAGUCGGAUCUCAGCAUCGAGCCUCUGAGUCAGGAGACAUUUUCAGACUUAUGGAAACUACUUCCUGAAAAUAACGUUCUGUCCCCCUCGCUGUCCCCACCAGUGGAUGAUCUGAUAUUGUCCACAGAAGACAUUGCAAACUGGUUCAGCGAGGGUCCAGAUGAAGCGCUCAGAACGGCUCCUGCACCAGUGGCCCCCACACCAGCAGCUUCUACACAGGCGGCCCCUGCUCCAGGCACGCCCUGGCCCCUGUCAUCCUCUGUCCCCUCCCAGAAGACCUACCAUGGCAACUAUGGUUUCCGUCUGGGCUUCUUGCAUUCUGGGACAGCCAAGUCUGUCACUUGCACGUACUCCCCUGCCCUCAACAAGAUGUUUUGCCAGCUGGCAAAGACCUGCCCCGUGCAGCUGUGGGUUGACUCCACACCCCCGCCUGGCACCCGCGUCCGCGCCAUGGCCAUCUACAAGCAGUCACAAUACAUGACAGAGGUGGUAAGGCGCUGCCCCCACCAUGAGCGUUGCUCAGAUAGCGAUGGUCUAGCCCCUCCUCAGCAUCUUAUCCGGGUGGAAGGAAAUUUGCGUGUGGAGUAUUUGGAUGACAAAACCACUUUUCGACACAGCGUGGUUGUGCCUUAUGAGCCGCCUGAGGUCGGCUCUGACUGCACCACCAUCCACUACAACUACAUGUGUAACAGUUCUUGUAUGGGUGGCAUGAACCGGCGGCCCAUCCUCACCAUCAUCACACUGGAAGACUCCAGUGGUAACCUGCUGGGGCGGAACAGCUUUGAGGUGCGUGUUUGUGCCUGUCCUGGGAGAGACCGGCGCACAGAGGAAGAAAAUUUCCGCAAGAAAGGGGAGCCUUGCUCUGAGCUGCCUCCUGGGAGCACUAAGCGAGCACUGCCCACCAGCACCAGCUCCCCUUCUCAGCCAAAGAAGAAACCACUGGAUGGAGAAUAUUUCACCCUUCAGAUCCGUGGGCGUGAACGGUUCGAGAUGUUCCGAGAGCUGAAUGAGGCCUUGGAACUCAAGGAUGCCCAGGCUGGGAAGGAGCCAGGGGGGAGCAGGGCUCAUACCAGCCACCUGAAGUCCAAGAAGGGACAGUCUACUUCCCGUCAUAAAAAACUAAUGUUCAAGAGAGAGGGGCCUGACUCAGACUGAUGUCCUCUGCUUCUCAUCCCCCGUUGGCAUCCCCCCUCCCUAUACCCCCUUCCCUGACCUUUUGAGACUCAGGAGUUUGAACCCCCACCUUGUUAUAGGUGUGCCUCAGAAACACCCAGGAAUUCUUCCAUUUGCCUUGGCCUGGAACUUCACUAAAGAAGUUGGUCUGCACUGGUGUUUUUUGGGGGGAG